AUGGCAUCUAACGAUGAGGCAGAAGAUUUAGAUGCACUUCAAAAUAAGUUGAAGGAUUGGUCGUCUAAAGAAAAAUUUCUUAUUGUUCUUGAUGAUGUUUGGUGUGAUGAUUACGCAUUAUGGGAAGCUUUUUUAGCACCUUUCAUAGGUGGGGUUGUGGGAAGCAGAAUUCUUGUUACUUCACGCAAUGAGAAAGUUGCCUUAGCUGUCCCCUCUGAUGAAAUAUAUCACCCAAAUCACUUGUCAGAUGAAGAUGGUUGGUUGUUAUUUACAAAACUCUUGGUUGAGUUGCCUGUUGAUUUUCAUAACCUAAACAAUUUACGUCUUUUAGAUUUACAAUUCAUUAGCUUGAAAAAGAUUCCACCAAAUAUGGGAGAGAUGAAAAAUCUUCAAGUUCGUCUGACAUCAUUUGAAGUGGGCAAAAGUAAUGAGUUCAACAUCAAACAAUUAGGCGAACUCAAUCUUCAAGGACAGCUUUCAAUUUAUAAGUUGCAGAAUGUAGUUCAUGGAAUGGAUGCCUUGCAAGCCAACUUGAAAGAAAAAUGUAACCUUGAGGAGUUACGCUUCGAAUGGAAUGAAGACACCAACGAUGAUUCUCAGAAUGAGAGGGAUGUGCUAGAGAAGCUCCGACCUCACCAAAAUUUGAAGAAACUAUCAGUCGAGUACUAUGGUGGCACAAGGUUUCCAGAUUGGUUUGCUGAUAACACAUUGUCCAACGUAGUGGAGCUCCAGUUAAACAGUUGCAAGUAUUGUUUUGUGUUGCCAUCGUUAGGCCUUUUGCCGUCUCUCAAGUCACUGUUCAUUAGAAAGGUGGAUGGCAUUGUGGCUAUUGGUGCUGAAUUUCUCGGAAGUGAUUAUUCUACUGUUCCAUUUAGAUCUCUUGAAACCUUGAAGCUCGAGGGAAUGGUGAAUUGGGAGAAAUGGGAUUGUACCACUGCUUCAAGGGCCUUCCCAUGCCUUAAAGUUCUUUGUAUAAUAGAUUGUCCAAAGCUGAAAGAGAAUUUGCCGGAACAACUUCUUUCUUUAGAUGAUCUUGUUAUUGGAGAUUGCCCACAACUUGUAGCUUUGGUUCCACGAGCCUCAACAAUUCAACGGUUGACUCUUAAAAACUAUGGAAACGUGCGGUUGGAAUAUAUCCCAUCCACUCUAAAAGAACUCCGCUUUCAUGGACCAUGCAAGAAUGUGAGUUUGCUUCAAAAGAUUGAGCAAACCAUUAAUAACUCCUGUAUUGAAGAGGUUGCGAUUUGUGACUGUCCGGAUUGGGAGUUCCCAUUGAAGCAACAUCAUGACUCACUUCGUCUCAUACAGAUAGUUAGAAGUUGUGGGUCCCUUGGGACCUUCCCAUUGGAUCAAUUCCCUGCACUUGAGGGUUUGCAUCUGUCUGAGUGUAAUAAUCUUGAAAUGAUUUCUAUUUCAGAGGGGCGCAACCAUGGGAAUCUUGAAAUUUUGCGCAUUGAGAAGUGUCCAAAAUUCGUAUCCUUUCCGGAAGAGGGGUAUUCUGCCCCUAGGCUAAACUAUUGCUCGUUUGAAGAUUUGGAGGAUUUGAAAUCAGAACCUGAGCAUAUCAACAUUUUUGCUCCGUCUCUUAGUCGACUAUCUAUAAGAGAUUGUGAGCAAAUGGAAUCGUUGCCAGAGGGGGGUCUGCCAUCAAAACUGAUGCAACUUUCUAUCAGCAAAUGCCCGAAACUGUUUGCAUGUCGAAUGCAAUGGGGUUUGCACAAGUGUGAUUUUCUACGUCACUUGAGCAUCUCAGGUGAUGAUGUGGUGGAGUCUCUACCUGAACCAGGACUACUCCCAACUUCUCUUACUUCUCUUUGGAUCUACAACUGUUCCAAUCUCAGAAUGUUGGACUACAAGGCUCUUUGUCAAUCGCCCUCCCUCAAAGAUUUGACUAUUGUGAAUUGUCCGAGACUCCAAUGCUUGCCCAAGGAGGGCCUCCCCAGUUCCAUUUAUUACCUUGAAAUUAGGGGAGCUUGUCCGACGCUUAAACAAAGAUGCCAGAAACCAGAAGGGGAAGAUUGGGAAAAGAUUGCUCACAUCCCUCACGUUAUUAUUUCUUGCAAACCCUCAGGGGCAAUAACAAAUGAAGAUGCUUUUUUGUUCUUUGGCUUGCCAUGA